UGGCGUCGUCGUUCAACCAGGAAGUAAAUGUAUUGUGUUUAACAGUAUAUUGUGCUGGUUGUGUGUGCACGGUCUGCCAGGUAACGGAGAUAUUAAACCGUGGCUGUUUAACACAGAGCAAUGUCUCCCGAUGAGCUGGUCUACCUGGGAAUUCUUGCUGCCUCCAUUCCUGUUGGAUUCCUUUUUCGUUACCUCAGUCCUCCUGUGAAGCAGGGGGCAGCUCUUCUUCUGGGCCUCUCUAUUGCCAUCGCCACUUGUCACAUCCACACCCUUCACUCUCUGGUGACGGUGAUCGGAACAUGGAUUAUUAUAAAGAGCAGCUGGAGGCACGCCCCAGCAUUGAGUCUCACCUGGACCUUUCUCUACCUCCUCUUCUUUCGUCUGGUCACUUGGUUCGGUCUGCCACAACCGACACCUUUUGCCAAUGCCAUCCAGCUACUUCUCACGCUCAAGAUGGUGAGUCUAGCGAACGAGGUGCACAGCUUCCACACGGAGAAGAAAAAGGACGUGAGCUCUUUCGCCAAGUCUCCUGUCAUUGGUGGUUUGUCUCAGGAGCCCUCCCUCUACGAUAUCCUGUCCUAUAGCUACUGUUACGCCGGUAUAAUGACCGGUCCAUUCUUUCGCUUCCAAACGUACAUUGACUGGCUGAGGCAGCCUAGCCCGCAGGUCCUGCCUGGCUGGGUGCCGUGCCUGCAGCGCCUGAAGCUGGUUCCGGUCUACGGUGCUCUGUUUCUGUCUGUCAACUCUGUCUUCCCACUGGCCUACGUUCGCACGGAGGAGUUCUUGGAUCAAAACUUUUUCUUUAGGUUAUUCUACAUGAUAGCAGUGUUCUUUGUGUUUCGGAUGCGUUUCUAUGCAGCGUGGUGUGGAGCUGAGGCUGGUUGUAUCAGUGCAGGUCUGGGCUGCUAUCCAGAAAAGGCGCUGUCCAAACCUGGAGGAGGACCCACCGUCAACUACAGUCCUGAUCCCACAGCUGAAGAGAAAUACGACUUCAAAACCAUCCAGAACAUUGACUGCUACAACACUGACUUCUGUGUGAAGGUCCGUCAUGGCAUGCGUUACUGGAACAUGACAGUGCAGUGGUGGCUGCAUCACUACAUCUACCCCAAUGCUCCCUUCAAAGCCUACGCUCUCAGGGCCGGCUGGACCAUGUUCAUCAGCGCCUACUGGCAUGGACUACAUGUUGGCUACUACCUGUCCUUCCUCACCAUCCCCCUGUGCAUCGCAGCCGAGUCUGCCAUGGAGGCCUCGGUCCGAGCCAAGCUGGGUCCUUUAGGACAGAACAUCUUUGACUGGGUUCACUGGUUCCUGAAGAUGAGGGCCUACGACUACAUGUGCAUGGGCUUCGUGCUGCUGAAGGCCACUGACACCAUCAAUUACUGGAUGUCCAUCUACUUUAUCAUGCACAUCAUCGCCGUUUGCUGUAUAAUAGUCGGCAGGGCUCUGAAGGUGGCUGGAAGGGAAGAAAAGAGAGGGCACAAGGAGGAGAAAAGAGAGGGAGAGAAGAUAGAAAACGUGAAAACUGGAGAAAAAAGGGACUGAGUGGAGGUACAGAGAAAAACAGGGUGGUUCUGUUUUGGGACAUGAGGAGAAGUUCCUUUAAGACAUUGAUCAAGCGGACAUUCAUCAUCAAAUAUAAUAGUUGUUAAUUAUUCCAAAAUGCAUUAAAUCAAACAAAAGUGUGGCAAGUAAAGUCGGGUCAAAAACAUUCCAUAUUUGUACAUAAAAAUACUGUGAACAGUGGGAGAGGAAUGUUAGAGCUCAAUGAAUGUUGUAGUGUGAGUGGCAACUGGUGUGUCAAUAGUACCUUCAGUCCCCUCAUCUGAGCGUCUGCCUGUCCAGUAUGUGUACUUUCAUUAGAUCAUACAAGUUCCAGUUUUAAGUGAUCUGUAUUUCUGGUCAAGAUGAAAUGUCAAGUUGCUGUUUUAAAAACAGGCAGUAGGGUGAGUCAAGCAACCAACAACCCACUUAAGCCUCCUAAUCAUUUUACAUUAUGUUUAUAAGAGAAGCAAUUGAAUGGGAUUAAAAAAAAAAAUCUGUAUUUUGUUACACAAAGUUCACACUGGAGUACAGAAUGGAUAGAUUGUGAUGGAAAAUAAUAAUUUGAUGGUGUCAUCAUUAGGGCGCAGCUAUUAUUUUUGGGUGUGAGCAUUACCAAAGAAACAGAAUAAUCCUUCUGCAGUUUGUUGUCUUAAAUCAGCACCGUGACUGUUUUCGACCACGAUAAAGAGUUUAAAUGGGAUUAGUAAAAUGCAGAAAAAUUACAACCUAGUUUUAGGUUGUUUUAGCUUUUGGUUGUCGGCAUUAUAAUCAUCCUUCUUUAUUUUGUUUUACGAUUCUGUGCUUUGGUUUACUUCCUUGAUCAAGUGAAUCCAAAAUGUCUCCGUUUGGAUUUUUGCCUGUAACUCUGAGCAUAUCAGGAACAUUUGCACUGACAUCUCUAUAGCUGCGUUGCAUGGGAUGAAGUGUGUGCCAUGUGUGAGAUAGACAGUCCGUUCACUGCCAACAUGUCUGUACUGCCAUCGUGGAUCAUUCAGGGUUGGGACCAAACAUUUAUUACAAAAGGUUUUACAUCAAAACUAUAAGCUGCCAAUACAAGUCACAAUAACAGCCCGGCUAGGGCUGGGCGGUAUGGUUGAAAUCAUUAUCACAUUGUUAAAUAAGUUAUUUUCCAAAAUUGAUAUGUAUGUCACAAUAU